GAUGCACAGACACGCCACCUGACAGGAGAGUCCGAGUCGACACGCGUGUCGGACACGGACACGGGUGGGACACGGGGCGACACGUGUCCGACACGCAGAAAAUCGUGUCCGUUUUUUUUUUUUAAAUUUUGAUACUUGGACACGGACCGUGUCACCCCAAGACACGGCCCGUUUUGUAUUGGACACGCGAAAUACAAUACCCUCACUGACUCAUGCUCUGCCUCUCCCAACUUCCCAAGUCUCAAACUCUCAAUCCUCUCAUUCUCUCACUAACUCAUACCCUAAGUACUUUGUAGCUCGUCGUCGUCGCCCGUCAGUCGUCACCGCCGGCCGUCGGUCUCACAACCGCUGUCACAUUCAAACGUCUGUCUCUGAUCUGCUAGCUGCGUCUCUCACCGAGUCACCGUUCGUUGCUGUUUAGGCUUGUCACCUGCUGCUCGUGCUAGGCUGCUAGCCUUCUCUCACCGUUGUUCGUCCUCAGCCACCGCCCACCAGGCCACCAGUCUCCAGCUCACUGUCGUCUGUCGCCUGUCGUCCGUCGCGCGUCAGCCACCAGGAAUGUCUUCUAGUUCCUCUGCUUCAUGCAAUGUCAGUGGUAGUAGUAAUUCAUCUGAGUCUAUGAAAGACCCCUACCCUUUGUGGAAGUUUGUUGUUAAGGGUGAUAAAAUAUCGGGUGGUGGAGGAAAUUAUAAUUGGAAAUGUAACUUUUGCGGCGAAGUUAAAAAUGGUUCAUACACUAGAGUGAAAGCUCAUUUGCUAGGUGAACAAGGGAAAGGGAUUCAAACUUGUAAUAAAGUGAAAAUUGAUGACCUUGCUAAACUAAGAUCGCUUCAUCGUGAAUCCGAGGAUUAUAAAAAAUCUUUGUUACCAAAAGUUCCACCUUUUUCAAAUGAACCCAUAUCUUCUCACACAUCAACUGAAGCUACAUCAAUGAGACUAGGUUCAUUUGAUAAUGUAAAGAAGAGGAAAUCAAAAAAUACAAUUUCUGAUGCUUUUAAUGUGAAAUCUCGUGACCACUUGGAUUCUGAAAUUGCUAGAAUGUUUUACACAGGGGGGUUGCCUUUUAAUCUUGCUAGAAACCCUUACUAUGUUAGUUCAUAUACAAUGGCUGCCAAUUCUAAUCUCUCUGGUUAUAAGCCUCCCGGAUACAACAAACUUAGAACAACUUUGCUUUGUAAAGAGACAGAAAAUGUGGAUAGGUUAUUACAACCUAUGAAAGCCACAUGGAAAACAAAAGGUGUUAGCAUUGUUAGUGAUGGGUGGAGUGAUCCACAAAGAAGGCCUUUGAUUAACAUUAUGAUUGCUUCUGAAACGGGUCCUAUGUUUAUGAAAGCUAUUGAUUGCUCGGGUGAGAUUAAGGACAAAGAUUUCAUUGCUACCUUACUAAGUGAGGUGAUUGAUGAAAUUGGAGAUCAAAAUGUUGUUCAAAUAAUCACAGAUAAUGCAAGUAAUUGUAAGGCUGCAGGGGAAUUGGUUGAGGGUAGGUAUCCUCAUAUAUAUUGGACACCAUGUGUUGUUCAUACACUUAAUCUUGCAAUGAAAAGCAUCUGUGCAGCUAAGAAUGUGUUGAAUAAUGUUGAAGUAUAUGAUGAAUGUAAUUGGAUAACGGAAGUUCAUGCAGAUGCCUUGUUCAUUAAAAAUUACAUAAUGAAUCAUUCGAUGAGGCUUUCAAUGUUCAAUAAGUUUUCGCCAUUAAAACUACUUUGCAUUGCCGACACUCGUUUUGCUUCAAUUGUGUGCAUGCUUAAAAGGUUGAAACUCCUUAAAACAUCACUUCAAUCAAUGGUUAUUAGUGAGAAUUGGUCCUUAUACAAGGAUGAUCGACGCGGGCAAGCCUCACAUGUAAGGGAAAAGAUUUUGGAUGAAAUAUGGUGGGAAAAAGUUGAUUACAUUCUUGAUUUUACACGCCCAAUCUAUGAGAUGAUUAGGGUUUGUGACACCGACAAAUCUUCCUUGCAUUUGGUUUAUGAAAGAUGGGACAUUAUGGUUCAAAAGGUGAAAGAUGCCAUCUACAAGAAAGAGGGUAAACUAGAUUAUGAACAAUCUACCUUCUUUAAUGUAGUUAAAGGGAUUCUUAGUAGUCGUUGGAGUAAGGGUAGUACUCCACUUCAUUCAUUAGCACAUUCUUUGAAUCCAAGAUUUUACACGGAAGAAUGGCUUAAUGAGGUCCCGGGACGAGUUGCUCCAAAUGCCGACAAUGAAAUUUCCACACAAAGAUUACAAUGCUUUCGAAGGCUUUUCCAAAGUCCCGAUGAAAGAUUCAAGAUCAACACGGAAUUUGCAAUAUUCUCACAAAAAUCAGAGGGGAUCUUUCUCAACAUUGAUUGCAUGCAUGAUAUGGCUUUGAUGGAUGCUAAAAAUUGGUGGGCAACUUAUGGUUCCCAAGUGCCUAUGCUUCAAGGUUUGGCUUAUAAGCUAUUAGGUCAACCUUCUUCCUCUUCUUGUAGUGAAAGGAAUUGGAGCACCUAUAAGUUUAUUAAUUCUUGCACUAGAAAUAAGCUUACUCCUAAACGUGCUCAAGACUUGGUAUACAUUCAUAACAACCUUCGAUUACUUUCUAGGAGAAGUGAAGAAUACACUAAGGGGAGAUCUAAGUUGUGGGAUGUGGGUGGAGAUGAGCAUGACAACCUAGGAGAGGUUGGUAUUCUAGAGAUGGCCGAGCUCUCACUUGAUGAACCCGAGAUGGAGAAUAUGAUUUUUGAUGAUGUACUUGGUGAUGGUGAAGAAUGAAACUAUUAGUACUUUUGUUUAUUUUAUUUAUGAUUUGUAAAACUAUUAUUAAGACAUGUAUUUGGUUUGAUGGUUUCUUGAUAUGUAUGAGACUACGUUCGUACACUUUGUUUAUUUACUUGUUUUAACAAAAUUGUGUGUUUUGAGGCUAAUUAUUUAGUGUUUUAUUGAAUAGGUUGUCAAAUUCUCGUUUUUUUGAUAUAUUAUAUGCCUUGUUAUAUGCCGUACCCGUGUCCCCUAUUUCAGGAUUGCCGUUUUCCCGUGUCCGUAUCGUGUCCGUGUCCGUGUCCGUGUCGGUAUCCGUGCA